AUGGCAUGGAAGUGGAGGUACUCCCCCAAGGAAGAGCUGGAGGAUAUGAGCAGCCUGCACCCAGGGCUCACGGGGCUGCAGAACCUGGAGAACACGUGCUACAUGAACGCGGUGCUGCAGUGCCUGUGCAGCCUGACCCCGCUCGCGCAGUAUUUCCUCUCGGGAGAGUGGAACACAGCCCUGCACGAGGAGGCUGGAGAGUCUGCGACUGCCUUUGGCUGUCUGGUGUCUGACAUGUGGCUUGGAGAGUUUGACUAUGUUUCUCCUGAGGCUUUUCAUUCUGUCUUUGGGAAGCGGUACCCAGCUUUUAGCAGGAGGACUCAGCAUGAUGCACAAGAAUUCCUCAUCUGUGUUCUGGAUGACCUCCACGAGGCUUUCAAGCAGCCAAGCCAAGAAAGACAGAGCCCUACUGCGGGAGCAAGCACAAGGACUAGCAGUGGCACAUCUAUUAUAACACAGUUAUUUGAGGGACAGCUCAGUUAUGCUAUCAGGUGUCUGACAUGCAAAGCCCUCACUGACAGACCAGAGAGCUUCACCGUCCUCUCCCUGCCCAUCCCUUCCACCAGAGUGUGCUCUCUGCAGGACUGCCUGGAAUGCUUUUUUCAGCCAGACACACUGACUCGGAACAACCAAAUCCACUGCUACUGGUGUGGAAGCAACCAAGAUGCAACAGUAAAGGCCUCCAUAAUCAAGGCACCACAAAUCAUCAUUUUUCAUCUAAAGAGGUUUGCCUGGCAAGACAAGAACAGAAGGAAACUCUCAACCACAGUCUGCUAUCCGUUCAGCGAUCUGGAUCUCUCUCCCUACAUCUCCACAUCGUGUCACAACAAUACAGAGUACAGCUUGUGUGCUGUAGUGAACCACGCUGGAGAUCUGGAUUAUGGCCACUACACGGCCUUCUGCAAGCACUCAGUCACCAAACACUGGUACAGCUUUGAUGAUGCCCAGGUCACCAAGAUCCCAGACUCUGCAGUGCAGGCUGACACAGCCUACCUCCUCUUCUACAUCUCCCAAGGCUACUGACACCCUGUUAGUCUUGAAAAUGAACACUGAGUAGGGCAGCACCUAGAAUUCACCAGCAGCAUUAACCAGCUCCUGUUUCAUUAAUAAACUAGAGCAUGUGCACCACUGAUCAGCUGUUGUGGUCUUUCAGGAAGUGAUUCCUAGGAAGGACAGUUACAGCCCCUAAGCCACGAAGGAAUGUGCAUCUGCUCCAUGUGCACAAGGGCCGCAGUUGUUUUCCAUGACAACCUUCUUGCACCCCUCAAAACAACAGGGAUGUUGAGCACACAGAUGCACUUACCUGGAAAUUCUUGUUUUUCUGCUGGUUAAGUAUAGUAGGUUGUUCUAAGCUGCCUUUCAGGAACUAACAGAAGGAUAUCAAAGUGAAAGCACACAACCAGAUCAGACUGUGCUACAGAAGAGAGGAUGGAGUGACCAUUGAUACAGAAGAAAGAAAAAGGCAUUGCUCUACUGAUGUAAUUUUUGUUUCUCCAGCACUUCAAACUUGUUUGCAGCUUGCAAGCUUCUGGAAAAUAAUCAAUGUUGGUCUCUUGCUAAUUCCAUCAGCAAGACAGACACACACAGGUAAAAGCUCAGAAUGUAAGACUUUUCAAUGGCAACCCUAUCAGAAAACUAAACCCUAAUUCAGAGCAGAGAAAUACGUAAGAUGCAACUAAAAGAAG